AUGGGCAGAGAAGCCCCGGGAGCUCAACCCAGCGGCGCCGGCUUUCCCGGCGCAUCGUUCGGAAGCAGGCUUCCAAAGAAGGAAGAACCGCAACGCGACGACGAAACGAGUGACGAGAGCAGCGACGAGGGAGACGGGGAGGAGGAGUGGCGUCACGAGGGCGACAAGGGCCGAGAGAUGCAAUUCUCGCGGAUUCUCGAGGGCGUCGUGUUCGCCAUCAGCGGAGUCGCGAAUCCAGAGCGCGCCGAGCUGCGCGGGAAGGCGAUGGAGAUGGGCGCGCGGUACCGGCCGGACUGGACGCCGGAUUGCACGCUGCUCGUCGCCGCGUUCCCCGGCACGCCGAAAGUCAGAUCCGUGACUGCCGACGACGGCACGAUCGUGUAUAAGCGGUGGGUGGAGCACCUAUCAGGGGAGGAGCUGGUGGCACAGUGGGUGGCGGGGGACAUGGUGCACGUGAGAGCGUUUCUGGAGGAGCAGGAGGAGCAGCCUCCGGAGGGGGAGGUGGAUCGAGUGGCGAGGGAGGGCAUGCUCGCGUGCUUUGAUGACGCCAUUGCUGGCGUGGAGCAAGGGCAGGCGCUCGCAGCGUCGAUUGCCUCGUGGCCUGUCGUGCCACGUGUGCUGGACCCACAAACUUCUAGUGGGCGUGAGAAGCUACCAGUGUUCAAGCACAGAGAGGGCAUCUUAUACCUGGUGGAGACUCACGCCGUGACUGUGGUGGUGGGAGAGACUGGCAGUGGCAAGACCACUCAGAUACCGCAGUAUCUGGUGGAAGCAGGUUGGGCGGCAGGAGGGAGAGUGGUGGCCUGUACUCAGCCCAGGAGAGUGGCGGCUCAGAUGGUGGCGAGCAGGGUGGCGGAGGAGAUGGGGGUGGCUCUGGGGGAGAGAGUGGGGUACAGCAUUCGCUUUGAGAAUGUCACCUCAGAGGGAGUGACUCAAAUCAAGUUUCUAACAGACGGGGUGCUGCUGCGGGAGAUGAUGGAGGACCCGCUUCUCUCCAGAUACAGUGUGAUCAUGGUGGACGAGGCGCAUGAGCGCAGCUUGGCAACCGAUAUCCUCCUGGGCCUCCUCAAGAAGGUGAUGCGGCGGCGUCCUGACCUCCGAUUGGUCAUCUCAUCUGCCACGUUGGCAGCUGAUGACGUGGCAGCCUUCUUUGACACCAGCCACGAGAAGCUCAAGGUUGUGCCAGGAGGCUCUGACGCCCUUCCCAGCCGCAAGCCAGCGAUCAUAUCCGUGGAGGGGCGCAGCCACCCCGUGCAGCUGCUGUAUCUUGAGGAACCCUCCUCCGACUACCUGCAGACAGCACUUGACACUGUUCUUGCUAUUCACUGCCAGGAGCCCCCGGGAGACAUACUUGUGUUCCUAACGGGGCAAGAGGAGGUGGAUACCCUGGUGCAGCUUGUAGCGGAGCAGAGCAACAGCUACACUCCCUCGUCUGAGAAACUAAGGGGCCUUCAGGCGUUUCCUCUCUACGCUGGUCUGCCAGCAGGUGACGUUGAGGCAGCAUUCGCGCCCACCCUGCGGGGGAGGAGGAAGGUACUGGUGGCCACCAACAUUGCCGAGACGUCUCUCACCAUCGAGGGCAUAGUGCACGUGGUCGACUGUGGCUUUGUCAAGCAGCGCUUCUUCGACCCUGUGUCCAACGUGGAUGCGCUACUGCUAGUGCCCGUGUCACGAGCAUCAGCGCAGCAGAGAGCAGGCAGGGCGGGGCGAGUGAGGCCAGGAAAAUGCUACAGACUAUACACAGAGCACAGCUACAUGACAGAUCUUGCCGCCCACACAAUCCCGGAGAUCCAGCGCUCAGAUCUCACAGCAACAGUGCUGCAGCUCAAGUCCCUCGGCAUCGACAACAUCAUGCGAUUCGAUUGGCUCUCGCCGCCCGCGCCGUCUGCCAUGAUCCGCGCACUAGAGACGCUCUUUGCCGUCCGGGCGCUGGAUAUGGAUGGCAGGCUGACCAAGCCUGUUGGUGUCCAGCUGGCAGAGUUUCCUCUGGACCCUCUGGUUGCCUUCAUGCUGCUUGUGUCAGCCAAUGCACCUGGCACCACCGCUGAUGGUGCUACUGGUACUGCGAUGAAGAGUGGAGGCGGGGGAGGUGGCUUGGGUGGGAGGAAGGAAGAGGAGGAUGAGGAGGAGGAAGACGGAGAUGAAGAGGAGGCUGAUGGUUGUUCCGAGGAGAUGUGUACUGUUGCUGCGUCACUGUGUGUGCAGUCAGUGUGGGUGGGCAGCAGUGGCAGGCAGAGGGAGUCGGACAGGCUCAAAGAGAGAUUCGCUGCUGCAGAGGGCGAUUUCAUCUCCUACCUGAACGUUUAUGAGGGCUUCACUCGCAGUGGGCGGUCGCCCAAGUGGUGCCACGCCAAUGGCAUCAAUUACCAGGCCAUGUUGCGAGUGGACGAUGUGAGGGGGCAGCUGCAGAAGGGGCUCAGGCGCUUGGGGCUGAAGCUGCUGUCAUGCAGGGGAGAUGUCAUGCUACUCCAAAGGGCAGCAGCGGCAUCUCUCUUUGUCAACGCCGCACAGCUUAUGUCCGAUGGAGACGGGUCAACAUACAAGUCCGUGAGGAGCAAUCUGCAUCUCAAGAUUCACCCUUCUUCCGUCCUCUUCAGAGUGGCGCCGCAGUGGGUGGUGUUCCGCACUGCGUCACAAGCUGACUCGUUUCUGUACAUGCGAGACGUGACUGCGGUUGAAAGAGAGUGGCUGCUAGACGCUGCUCCACACUUCUUCACCCAGAGGCAGAUUGGGAUCCCCACAAGAACAUGA